CGCUGUCGGCGUCGAGCGACGCCCGCGCGGUGCAUGCCGGGAGGCGGUGGCCGGGCGACGCCGGCAUAAAACACUCGCGGCAGCGCGGGCCCCGCGCAAACCACGCGCUGCCCGAUCCGCUAACCGGUGCGCACCGCCGCGACACGCGACACAACAGGUGCUCCGCAAACGCCGCGAACCUAGCUGCAGGCCAUUCGCCAGACUACGCGCGCGGCAACCUCUGCUGACCAGCUCCCGACGCUCUCUGCGUUACCUCUUGCGCCGCCUGCGAGUAGAAUCACCGUGAACCAUGGCAACACAAGUGUUUGAGCAGCAGCCGCACGAUGUCUUCAAGCCGGCAGCAUGGAACAGCAAGCUGGAGUCGCCGCCGACGACGCCCAUGUCCGCCACAGCCCCCGCCGCCCCCAUGAGCUACGAGAUCCGCCCCCUGACGCAACAGGAUGGCCCCCGCAUGAUCUCGUUCCUGCGGCGCCUCUUCUUCCGUGACGAACCGCUCAACGUGGCGGUGCAGCUGGUGCAGCCGGGAGAAGAGACGUGCCGCGAGCUGGAGGAGUACUGCCUCUCCUCGCUGCCCGACGACCUGUCGCUGAUGGCGGUGGACGCGGCGUCGGGCGAGAUGCUGGCGGUCUGCAUCAACGGCAUCCACGAGCCGGGCGGCGAGGGGGACGGGGAGGCGGCGGCGGCGCAGUGCCCCAACCCGCGCUUCCGGCGCAUCCUGCAGCUGCUCGCCUUCGUCGACGGCCGCGCCUCAGCGGCGCUCAAGCAGCGCUUCCCGGACCCGGCCGACCGCCGCCAGCUGGAGGUGCGCAUCCUGAGCGUGGACGGCGCGGCCCGCGGCCGGGGGCUCGCCACGGCACUCAUCAGCCGCACCAGUGAGCUGGCCAAGCAGCGGGGCAUCCCCCUGGUUCGCGUCGACUGCACCAGCCACUACUCUGCCCGCGCGGUCGGCCGUCUCGGCUUCGAGUGCAUCUUCUCCAUGCCGUACGCCCAGUACAAGCGAGACGGGGAGGUCGUCUUCACGCCCGCCGAGCCCCACAAGGAGGUCUGCACCUACAUUAAGAGGGCCGUCUAGUGGUGCAGCAGCAGCACAAGUGUGGUGGCGCGAACUGCUGGAGAGUAAACACACAAUACUGCUGUAUGCAACUCCAAGUACAAAACGAGCACACCAACUGAGUGUCCUCUAAGCUUCAGCUUAGCCCAAGGUUCAUCCACAGUUCUAUGGUGUGAUGCCUUUUCGUUUCUCCCUCAACAGGCAGCUGAUUAUUCUGUUAUCUUCUCUCUCUCUCUCUCUCUCUCUCUCUCUCUCUCUCUCUCUCUCUCUCUCUCUCUCACUCACUCACUCACUCACUCACUCUCUCCUACUCACAUGCACACACUGUACUCUUAUUUGGGAAGACUCAGGUUCUAAUUCCCAUCUAGCUAUCCACAUUAGGGUUUUCUGUGAUUUUCUAUCGCUUAUGGCAAAUGCUGAGAGCGCUCCUUAAAAGGGAACCUCCCCAUCGCACCCCCUUCAGAUUUAGUUAUAAGUUGGCACAGUGGAUAGGCCUUGAAAAACUGAACACAGAUCAAUCGCGAAAACAGGAAGAAGUUGUGUGGAACUAUGAAAAAAAAUAAGCAAAAUAUACAAACUGAGUAGUUGAAACGCAACAUAAGCAACAUCAAAGACACUGUGAGCUAAGGAGGUGAAAAUUUAAUUUUUUAUUUUCAGUUUAUGUGACAAACUCUUGUGUCUUCAUCACUUUUUUUGGAGUGAUUAUCACAUCCACAAGAAAACCUAAAUCGUGCAAGGAAGAAGAAUCUUUUUACCCAUUCCCAAGUGUACAAGUUAGGUGGGUCGGCAACAUAUUCCUGUCAUGUGACACUCAUGCCAUCAUCAGUGUCGUAUAGAAUAUAUCGGACGUGUUUUCCUGUGGAGGAGUCGGUUGACCUAUGACCUUGCGAUCAAAUGUUUUCGUCUCCCAUUGGAGAGGCACGUCCUUUCGUCUGCUAAUCGCACGGUUUUACGGUGCUGUCGCAAAACACAAACUUAUUACAGUGGACAGAGACGUCAAUGGACGAACGGACAGAUCAUAACUUUGCGAAAAUAAAGAAAGUAAAUUUUCCACUCGAAGAAAGACUUGAACCAAUGACCUCUCGUUCCGCAGUUGCUCACACUAACCACAGGACCACGGCGCUCUUCAGCUCAGACUAUCCUUGGUGUUGAAUAUGUUACGCAUGGACUACUCAGUUUCUACGUUUUGCUUAUUAUUUCAUAGUUCCACACAACGUCUUUCUAUUUUCUCGAUCGAUUUGUGUUCAGUUUUUCAAGGCCUAUCCACUGCGCCAGCUUAUAACUAAAUCUGAGGGGGGUGCGAUGGGGAGGUUCCCAUGUUAGAAGAAGCCAUGAGAUACUUCCUACCCUAAUCUUCCCCCAAUCCGAACUUAUGUUAUGUCUCUAAUGAUCUUAUCGUUGAUGGGAUUAUAAUGUAUCACUGAGAAUGAAAAUUGUGCUCCAAAAGCAGAUUGUAAAGUCUCUGUGUCUUAAGAAGACAUGUGAGAUAUGUGCUACUAGCUUGAAGUCAAUACUUCCCUCCGUUGCCUCUUGUCUCCCAUCCAUCUCCUCCCAGUAGAUGAAUUUAUCAGUGGCUGUUUAACUGAAUAGAUUAAAACUCAGUUUCGUGAUUUCUCCUACACUGACUGAAGGAAAUCACAUGUCACAAUUCCCAAACCGGCUCAAUCCUUACUUAAACAUACAACAAAGUGGUCUGGAGAGAGACUAAAAAUGUCCACUGCGCCGUCUAUAAUCUAUCCACUUCUGUACAGGACAUUACAAAAACCUGAGGCCCCACCCACCCAAGAUAUGUUCGUGUAACAAGGAGAAAUUCUGACCUGCAAAUAUAGCAAGUGUCGAUGUGAAGUGUCACUGCUGGGAACAAGUUAUAACAAUAUCCACCCACAACAUGUACCUCUGACAAUGAUUAAAUUAAUUGUCAUAGAAGCUUCGGAAUGCCCACUGGUUUGUGUUGCUUGAAAUGUUAGUAGCAAACAAACAUACACAUCUCACUUAUAAUACAUUUCCUUCUAAAUGACGUAUACUUAUGGCGAAAUAUGACAAAUUAUCCAAACUGGAUAAUGAUUUCUAAAGUUGCUUGUUUAUAAUUCCUUUAAAAUGUACAAAAGAAGUUAAGUAUUGUUCAUGUAGUCCUUUUUUUAUUACUGUGGCUGUGAUGGCACACAAUAAUUUAGUUUAUUUUAUACUGCACGAAGUGUACUCUGAUGCUUAUUUAAGUGUAGUAAUGAUGUGAGUACUACACUCUAAUGUCAAGUUCCUGUUCAAUAUCAGAUAGAAGCUAUAAGGAUGGUCAGGAAAUGAAAAUUGUGAUGAGAGUGAUGUCAUAACAGUAACUGCAUGUUGGGAACUAAAGAUAUUCAAGAGGGUUCUCCCUGUUUCUCAUUAAAUGAGUGUACUUUGUUGGGAAAUCACUAUUUCUACUAUUCUCGGUCUUUUUUUACUGUAUAGUACCUGCAUCAGACGUGAAAUCCGAAAGCAAUGCUUAGCCUUAUAACAUGCCUGGCUUAUGAAUUUCUUUCCACAAGGACCACAUCAUAGAAUGCACGAAGUUCAGAGCUAUGUUAUAGACAUUUAUUCAUAUUGUACCAUGACUGUUAUACUGCAGUAAAUAACAAAUUUCUGAAAUAAUAACUGUGCUAAUGUGCUUAUAUAUUACAACAAGAAAUUAUGAGGUAAAGAAAACAACCUUCACCUGCAUUUUAUGCAUACUUUAUAUGUUUCAAAAUUUCUUUGUGUGUUUCAUGAAGAUAACGAUCACUGAUCUGGCGGAUUCUACAUUACAGAAACUAAAUAUUCACUAUUUUUCGAUUUUUUAUGUGAAUACAAAAUUGUUAGUUUUCUUUCUGUUUUUUCUAUCAACACAAAAACAAACUCUUUAAUUGUAUCAGUUCACAAUUGUUAAAUUUCAAAAUAUUUGUUACAUAAUUUUGGCAUUGAAGCUUUUUCAUGAUCAGAACAAUGUGUAUGCAACUCUCAGAAAUUGUAUAGCUUUCUCCAGGAAAUGUACCUACGUAUUAAUAAUAAUUUUGACAAAGACAGGCUCUUAGAAUAAUGGCUUCUCAGAAAUGUACUCCCAUUAACAUUGAUUAAGUCUUCAAUUUUCACACUGACUAUAACUACAACAUAAUGCUCCUUUUUUGAAAUAAUUCAUUAAGACAGACAUGACUGCAUACAACAUUUACUAUUGUAGUGAGUUCUUGUCAUUUAUGGCCUUCAUCAUAUCUUAUUGUCCUCAUUAAUUUCUAUGUAACUCACCUUGUAGAAAUUUGUAUCUCUAAAGAGUUGCCUAUUACUGGCAUCAUUCAAAGGAAACCGCAAAUGCCUUCCUUAGUUAAGCUAUAUGAGCAGCACUGUCCAGAAAAUUAUUGAAAAGUUAUCUUAGAUCACUGAAAUUUCUGCAAAAAAGCAAUUAUGUCAAGUUUUAUAAAAAUGGUAAUCUCUGUUUGUACAUUUCAAUUACAGUAUGGUGAUGCUAAAAGAAAUCAAUGAAUACUUGUAGCAGACAUGCUGUGCAAAAGCGAAAUACCAGUGUAACAGAACUUAGUUGUACUGAUACUAUGAUAUAAAUUGUCAGGAAAGAAUAACUUCGAAGCAAAAUAUUUAUAUUUCUUUCGAUUAUUUACAAAGUGCAAUGAUUAUAUUUCCUGCUUCCUAAGUCUAACCUCAAAUAACAUUCCAGAAACAUUAUAAAUGUUGUAAUGUUGCAAAAUCUGUGAUAUAUGUGUCAUGCUGUACAUUGUGUACCGUUUGUACUCUCUCCCUAACAACCUCAAAACUCUGGAAAUACAAAGACCUUUAUGCAUUAUUAAUUCAUGUUGUUAAUGUGUAAGACAGUGUGAAAUCUGCAUGUCCUUACCUACAUUUAUAAUGUGUAUAUAAUAUCUAUUUCAUAAAAUGAAAGCACAAACUAUAUUACUCGAGUAUAAAUGGAAAGAAUAGAAUUCAUCUGUUGUUAAAGGAUAUUGUUUUGUUACAUACUCUGUAAUUUUAUUGUAUUUAUAUGUUUUGAAAGUGGGAAUAAAAGCUUGUAGCUUGAAAUAUAAAAA